AUGGCUAUACUGAGCAGCAAAGACAAGGAAGGCGGCUCAACCACUGGUGUCCUAGACCCCGUGGGCCUGAAGUCUGACCCGCACCAUGACGUGCAGGAGGGUCUGAUGGCCGAUAAUGCCGAUAACCUCCAGCGUCAUCUAGACAAUCGUCAAAUCCAACUGAUUGCCAUUGGCGGAGCUGUUGGUACAGCUCUGUUCGUGAGCAUCGGCACGGGUCUAUACCAUGGUGGCCCGGGCUCGCUCUUCUUGGCCUUCACAACCCAAUGUAUUUUCCUCGCAAUGGUCAACAACUGCCUCGCAGAAAUGAGUACUGCCUAUCCCGUCAGUGGUGGCUUUAUUCGUCUCGCUGGUAAAUGGGUCGAUGAGGCCCUCGGUUUUAUGGUUGGCUGGAACUUCUUUUUCUAUGAAGCUCUUCUGAUCCCCUUCGAGAUCUCUGCUUUCACCCUUGUUUUGUCCUUUUGGAGUGACAAAGUAACUGAACCUGGCCCCGUCGCGGGUAUUGUCGCGGCAAUCAUUAUUUGCUAUGGUUCUUUGAACAUGCUAGCCGUGAAAGCCUACGGAGAAGCAGAAUUCUGGCUCUCGGGCGGCAAAGUAAUCCUCAUCUUCUCCCUGUUCUUCUUCACCUUCAUCACGAUGGUGGGUGGAAACCCGGAUCAUGACGCAUACGGUUUCCGGUACUGGAAUAAUCCCGGCUCCUUCAUGGAGUACUUGAAUACCGGCAGCCUAGGUCGAUUUGAGGGCUAUCUCGGGUCAUUGUGGUCUGCCUGUUUCGCCGUCGUCGGACCCGAGUAUAUCUCCAUGGUCGCGGCUGAGGCGAAACGCCCACGCAUUUAUAUCAAGAAUGCCUUCAAGACGGUGUACAUUCGAUUCGGCCUUUUCUUCAUGGGCGGUGCUCUGGCCGUCGGCAUUGUCUGCUCUUCCCGAGAUCCCGCCCUUGUUGCCGUGGCUUCUGGUGAAAAGUCCGAUUCUUCCGCGUCUGCGUCGCCUUAUGUUAUUGGCAUGACAAACAUGGGAAUUAAGAUCUUCCCAUCGAUCGUUAACGCUCUGCUAUUGACUUCCAUCUUCUCCGCCGGAAACACAUACUUCUACUGCGCAAUCCGUACCCUGUACAGUCUGGCGUUAGAAGGCCGCGCCCCCCCGCGUCCUCACCCACACUACUCGCAAUGCUCCGCCAUUGUCAUCACUUGGUUCGCUAAUCUGGUCACCGCUGGUGGCCUAAUUAACUAUAUCACUAUUUGCAUCACUUAUAUCUUCUUCCAUCGUGCCUGCAAGGCGCAAAACCUUGACCGCCGUCAGUUCUCGUAUUAUGCCUGGCUGCAGCCCGGAUGCGCAUAUAUCGGACUUGUCUGGAUGGUGAUCGUUACUAUCCUUUACGGAUAUCCAUCCUACAAGCCGUGGGACGUGCAGACCUUCUGGUCUGACUACACUAUGCAAAUUGUCAUCCCACCGCUAUUCCUCAUCUGGAAGCUCCUCAAGAAGACCAAGUUCAUCAAGGCUCACGAGGCCGAUCUUGUCUGGGAGCGGCCCCUUAUCGAUGCCUACGAGGCAAGUUUUGUUGAUCUACCUGUCGGUUUCUGGAGGGAGGUCCUUCAACUGGUCGGGAUUGGACGGGUCAAGGGAGGAAACGAUAAACGUCGUUAUUCGACCGCUGCACCGAAUGGUUCUUCGACUGGUGUGGAUGUUUAA